AUGGAACUAGAUCGAGCAGACGAAGAGAUGUUGCUGGAGAAAGUGCCGCAGCAGCUUCAUGCUGGACGACGUGAUGAGCGCAAAGACUCAUUCUUUGCCUUUGCCUUUGCAGUCAAUUGUGGAGCUGUGAGCUUCAUUGCGCUUUUCUUCGGCCUUCCAAACAUCUCAAGCAUUUAUUUUACCGUGCACCACGAGGACGAUUCGUCUCAUGGUCUGAAAAUUUUCUUAAUCUUCUUGGCAACGUCCUGCGUUGGUGGCGGUGUGUCGGCGCUAUGGCUGCAAGUGCUACAGAACCAUGCAGAACGCGUGAUAUCGUGGACAUUAAGAGUCAGCAUUGUUGCCUUCAUCAUGGCUUCACUAGCCUCCUUCUACGACUCUGGAAUGGCUGGAAAAGCCAUUGGUUUUUUCAAUCUGUUCUUUGCCCUUAUGAUUAUCACGUACUACACCUCUGUCCGGCGUUCGAUCGCUUUUGCAGCAUCUAAUUUAACAGCUGCUUCGAGGAUUCUGCGGAUGUUUCCUGGUGUUAUCACAUCGGCGUACAUGGCUUUGUUGGCCCAGGGACUGUGGGUCGUAAUUUGGGGUACAGCAGUAGUGGGUGUCUUCGCCAAGGCAGUUGGCAACCUACAUGACUCGAGCUCCUUUGGCAACACUUGCUUCUUCUUUAUGCUACUGAGUUUUUACUGGUUUAUGCAAGUUGCCAAGAACGUAGUGCACUGCAUCACCGCCGGUGCGGUCGGCGAAUGGUGGUUUGGGGCUCACGACGUUAAUACAAUCCAACGGGCUCAAACACGUGCGCUCACGACGUCUCUUGGCUCGAUUUGUGUCGGUUCUCUAGUGGUUGCUGCGCUGAACGCACUGCACACGCUUUUGCUAUCGACCCCGCGGCGAAAGGCCAAGGGCAGCGCCAACGCGUGUCUGGAAUUCCUGGUCAAGCUGGUCAUGCGCAAUAUGCAGUACUUUAAUAAGUACGCGUUCUGCCAGAUAGCGUUGUACGGGAAAGACUUUCGGCUUGCUGGAUCGGACACGAUGCAGCUUUUCCGGGAUCGUGGAUGGACGGCUUUGCUUAACGACUCGCUCAUAUCAAGUGUCCUUGCAGUAGGGUGCCUAGUUGCUGGCGCCGUGUCUGGAGUCAUCGGCUCGGCCUGGCUGUAUCUAACCCUACGAUGUACACCGGACGAGCUGGCCGAAAACCCAAACCAAUGUCAGACUUUUAACGUUGUGGUAUUGACCUUCGUGGCAUGUGCUUCGAUCGGUUACGCCAUGUGCACGAUCUUGUCAACCAUCUUGGACUCUGUCGUCGCGACCAUCUUCGUUUGCUUUGCCGAGGACCCUGCGGCACUGCAGCGUUCUCACCCGGACGAGCAUGCACGUCUUGUCGAAUCUUGGAGUCGCUUGCAGCCGGGUUUGUUGAGCUUCCCGACUCACAUGGUGUGA